CUGAGGAUAGUAACGAUUUUACAUUCGAACCAAAAACAUAUCCCACGACGAUGACGACCAAAAUAUCCAGAUUUUUACUUAUACUUUUGUUAGCGGGCAUGCUCGAGAAGAAUCAAAAUGGCUUGAACACCAAUGCUCAGAUCAUAAACGUCAAUUGCGAUGGCAAAUCAGCCAUAUGUGUGGGUCCCUCGACCUAUCAAUAUUGCUAUGCAAAUAUCGCUUCGGGCGCUGUCCAACAAUGUCCAGCGAACACACGUUGCAUUAACGAUAGCUUGGAGAUUUGCCUGCCAGUCAAAUCGGAUGGCAGUGCACCAACAGCUGCUGUUGCCAAGAUGACCACAAUCACCGAUAGUCCUAUUGUUCAGGGUGCUAGUAGCUCAUCAGCUAUCAUCGAAUCCACUACGGGCAAUGUGAUAAUUCCUACGAAACCCACUACUGAAGGACCAGCGCAAUCUAGUGAUCCAACCGAAGCACCUGGUACUACAGCACAGCCCAUUGAUACAACGCUUGCUUCAGUUGAGACGACCACAACUGUUCCCAUCGAGACCACGAGCCAACCUAUUGUGGACACUACUGUCGGUAACACUGAUGCACCCGUUGCACCGGAGUCUACAAUUCCCAGCGAGCCAGUGGGCACCACAACAGAUGCUGCAAUUGAUCCGAAUACAACCAUAGAUCCCAACUGGGGUACAGCCGCUCCUAAUGCCCCAGUGGACUCUACAACUAUUGCACCUCAGGAAACAACACUGCCUCCAGUCGAUCCUGUAGCACCUGUCGAUCCAAACGCUCCACUCGAUCCCAACGCACCAGUUGAUCCCAACGCACCAAUCGAUCCCAACGCGCCAGUUGACCCAAAUGCUCCAAUUGAUCCCAACGCACCAGUUGAUCCCAACGCACCAAUUGAUCCCAACGCGCCAGUUGAUCCCAACGCGCCAGUCGACCCAAAUGCACCAAUCGACCCGAACGCACCAAUCGGCACCACAACUAUUGCGCCUCAGGAAACCACUCUAUCUCCUGCGGAUCCCAACGCACCAGUCGAUCCUAACGCUCCGAGCGAUCCAAAUGCUCCUGUGGAUCCCAAUGCGCCAAUUGAUCCCAACGCACCAAUCGAUCCCAAUGCGCCAGUUGAUCCCAACGCACCAGUUGACCCCAACGCACCAAUUGAUCCCAACGCACCAGUUGAUCCCAACGCACCAAUCGAUCCCAAUGCGCCAGUUGAUCCCAACUCGCCAGUCGACCCAAACGCACCAAUCGACCCGAACGCACCAAUCGGCACCACAACUAUUGCGCCUCAGGAAACCACUCUAUCUCCUGCGGAUCCCAACGCACCAGUCGAUCCUAACGCUCCGAGCGAUCCAAAUGCUCCUGUGGAUCCCAAUGCGCCAAUUGAUCCCAACGCACCAAUCGAUCCCAAUGCGCCAGUUGAUCCCAACGCACCAGUUGACCCCAACGCACCAAUUGAUCCCAACGCACCAGUUGAUCCCAACGCACCAAUUGAUCCCAACGCACCAAUUGAUCCCAACGCGCCAGUUGAUCCAAAUGCUCCAAUUGAUCCCAACGCACCAGUUGACCCCAACGCACCGAUUGAUCCCAACGCUCCAGUUGAUCCCAACGCACCAAUCGAUCCCAAUGCGCCAGUUGAUCCCAACGCACCAGUUGACCCCAACGCACCAAUUGAUCCCAAUGCGCCAGUCGACCCAAAUGCACCAAUCGACCCGAACGCACCAAUCGGCACCACAACUAUUGCGCCUCAAGAAACCACUCUAUCUCCUGCGGAUCCCAACGCACCAGUCGAUCCUAACGCUCCGAGCGAUCCAAAUGCUCCUGUGGAUCCCAAUGCGCCAAUUAAUCCCAACGCACCAAUUGAUCCCAACGCACCAGUUGAUCCCAACGCACCAAUCGAUCCUAACGCGCCAGUCGAUCCAAAUGCACCAAUCGACCCGAACGCACCAAUCGGCACCACAACUAUUUCACCUCAAGAAACCACUCUAUCACCUGUGGAUCCCAACGCACCAAUCGACCCUAUCGCUCCAAUUAAUCCAAAUGAACCGGUUGAUCCUAAUGCACCAGUUGAGCCCAACGCUCCCGUUGAUCCCAACGCCCCAGUCGAUCCUAAUGCACCAGUUGAUCCUAGUGCUCCAAUCGAUCCCAACGCACCUGUUGAUCCUAAUGCACCCGUGGAUCCUAACGCUCCAGCUGGUCCUAAUGCGCCUGUCGAUCCCAAUGCACCAGUCGAUCCCAAUGCUCCAGUGGAUCCCAACGCGCCAGUGGAUCCCAACGCACCAGUGAAUCCCAACGCUCCAGUUGAUCCAAAUGCACCAGUCGACCCCAAUGCACCUGUUGAUCCUAAUGCUCCUGCACCAGUGAACCCUAACUCGCCUGUCGAUCCUAAUGCCCCAGUUGGCCCCAAUGUACCAGUGGAUCCCAAUGCACCAGUGAACCCCAACGCUCCAGUUGAUCCUAACGCGCCAGUCGAUCCGAAUGCUCCAGUUGGCCCCAAUGCACCAGUCGAUCCCAACGCGCCAGUGGAUCCCAACGCACCAGUGAAUCCCAACGCUCCAGUUGAUCCAAAUGCACCAGUCGACCCCAAUGCACCUGUUGAUCCUAAUGCUCCUGCACCAGUGAACCCUAACUCGCCUGUCGAUCCUAAUGCACCACUUGGUCCCAAUGCACCAGUCGACCCCAAUGCACCAGUGAACCCUAACGCUCCAGUUGAUCCUAACGCGCCAGUCGAUCCGAAUGCUCCAGUUGGCCCCAAUGCACCAGUCGACCCCAACGCGCCAGUGGAUCCCAACGCACCAGUGAAUCCCAACGCUCCAGUUGAUCCUAAUGCACCAGUCGAUCCCAACGCACCAGUUGAUCCUAAUGCUCCUGCGCCAGUGAACCCUAACGCGCCAGUCGAUCCGAAUGCUCCAGUUGGCCCCAAUGCACCAGUCGAUCCCAAUGCACCAGUGGAUCCCAACGCACCAGUGAAUCCCAACGCUCCAGUUGAUCCUAAUGCACCAGUCGACCCCAACGCACCUGUUGAUCCUAAUGCUCCUGCGCCACUGAACCCUAACGCGCCUGUCGGUCCUAAUGCACCAGUCGAUCCCAAUGCACCAGUGAACCCCAACGCUCCCGUUGAUCCUAACGCGCCAGUCGAUCCGAAUGCUCCAGUUGGCCCCAAUGCACCAGUCGAUCCCAAUGCACCUGUUGAUCCUAAUGCUCCCGCUCCUGUGAACCCUAACGCGCCAGUCGAUCCUAAUGCCCCAGUUGGCCCUAAUGCACCAGUCGACCCCAACGCGCCAGUAAAUCCCAACGCUCCCGUUGAUCCUAACGCGCCAGUCGAUCCGAAUGCUCCAGUUGGCCCCAAUGCACCAGUCGAUCCCAAUGCACCUGUUGAUCCUAAUGCUCCCGCUCCUGUGAACCCUAACGCGCCAGUCGAUCCUAAUGCCCCAGUUGAUCCUAAUGCACCAGUCGACCCCAACGCACCUGUUGAUCCUAAUGCUCCUGCGCCAGUGAACCCUAACGCGCCUGUCGGUCCUAAUGCACCAGUCGAUCCCAAUGCACCAGUGAACCCCAACGCUCCCGUUGAUCCUAACGCGCCAGUCGAUCCGAAUGCCCCAGUUGGUCCAAAUGCACCAGUCGACCCUAACAAGCCAGUUGGUCCAAAUGCACCAGUCGACCCCAAUGCACCUGUUGAUCCUAAUGCUCCUGCACCAGUGAACCCUAACUCGCCUGUCGAUCCUAAUGCCCCAGUUGGCCCUAAUGCACCAGUGGAUCCCAACGUACCUGUGAAUCCAAAUGCUCCAGCUCCAGUGGACCCCAACGCACCAGUUGAUCCUAAUGCACCUGUUCCAGUGAAUCCCAAUUAUCCUGUGGAUCCCAACACUCCAGUUGCUCCUGCUCCAGUGAACCCCAACGCGCCAGUCGAUCCUAAUGCCCCAGUUGGCCCUAAUGCACCAGUGGAUCCCAAUGCACCUGUAGAUCCAAAUGCUCCUGCUCCGGUCAACCCCAACGCGCCAGUCGAUCCUAAUGCUCCCACUCCAGUAAAUCCUAACGCUCCUGUGGAUCCAAAUGCUCCUGCUCCAGUGAACCCUAAUGCACCAGUCAAUCCUAAUGCUCCCGCUCCAAUAAAUCCUAACGCUCCUGUGGAUCCAAAUGCUCCUGCACCAGCGAACCCUAAUGCUCCCGCAAAUCCCAAUUCACCUGUCAUUCCCAACUCUCCUAGUACUCCAGUAAUUCCCAACGCUCCUAUCAAUCCACCAGUUAUUCCUCUAAUUCCUUCAGUUCCUACCAGGCCUACCAUUCGACCAAUCCCUCAAUUUCCAUUCUGGCCUCGUCCACAUGAAUCAGGUAAUGGCCAAGUAGCACCUACUCGACGACCCUUCUGGCCCAAUUGGCACAACUGGGUAAACGGCUGGAUUCCAACAAACAAGCCUGCCUUGCCAUCGAACAACAAACCGGAGACUGCUGAGUCUAUCGAACAGCCAUCGGGUGGUACAGUCUCCAAUGAGAAUGCAUCGGUUGAGCAAGACAAUAAGAAGACUGAGGAUCAGUCCAAGGAGCAAGAGCAGAAAAAGCCAAGUCCCGCUGAUAAUAGUUCAGCCGAAAACAAGGAUAGUAAAAAGCCAAAGGACUCUAAUGAAGAAAAGGACAAUGAGAAAAAGAAGAAUAAUAACUCUUCUGAGGACAAGAACGACAAGAAAGAAGAAGAUAAAUCCAAGGACUCCAAGGAAGAGAAAGACAAAAAGAAGUCCAACAAUUCUGACGAGGACAAAAAGGAUGACAGUGAUAAGAAGAAGUCCAAUUCCGAAGAGAAGAAGGACGACAAAAAGGAUAGCAAACAGUCAAAGGAUUCCAAGGAGAGCAAGGACAGUGAACAGAAAAAGUCCAGCGAAGACGAGGACAGUGAAGACUUGAACUCCAAGGAGAAGAAGCAAUACGUUAAGGACGUGAUCAAGAAGCUAAAGGAUGAGGAUGAAUGCGAUGAAGACGAUGUUUAUCCCGAUGUACGCGAUUGCCGUAAGUAUUAUCGCUGUGAGGUCAAGAAAUCGGGCAAACAUAAGUACGUACAUCUGCGUUGCGAUGACAAGGAGCGCUUCGACUACCGCAGCCUCAAGUGCAUUUCCAAGGAUGAUGCCAAGUGCCUGCUCAAGUAGAAAGGACCAUGUAUGUCAUCACAUCUCAAUGAAAGAAACUAACAAAUGCCACAACGACCCAAAACGGAACGACGUUAAUUGUAGCAUUUCACAUAUAUAAUCUCAAAAUAAAUUCAAUGAUAUUAGCAACGAUAUAUUUACAAUUUAUGUACUUAAAUUUUUUUUUUUCUAAUUUAUUGUAACAAUUACACUUAGUUUGCUUGCCAAAUAAAACAUAAUUUAUAUGCACAAAUAAAGUUCAUUCAAAUGCAAUUC